CAUGCUUUCUAUCAGUUACUAGAUCUCUAUGUAUCAGUUCCUAAACAUAAACCUACAAUGGGUUUAGGGACAGGGAAUGAUAAGUAUAUGUUGGCAGCAAGUUCAGAAGAUGGAGAAAAAAGAAAGAGACAGAGCAAGGACAUAAAUGAACUUAAGAAAGAACUGGAAUUGGAUGAUCACAAGUUAACUUUAGAUGAACUGCACAAUAAAUAUGGCACUGACCUUAAGAAAGGUUUGUCUACUUCCCGAGCAAAGGAGAUUUUUGAACGUGAUGGACCCAAUGUUUUGACGCCUCCUCCCGCCACCCCAGAAUGGGUUAAAUUCUGUAAACAGCUCUUUGGUGGAUUCUGUACACUACUGUGGAUUGGAUCUUUUCUUUGUUUCAUGGCUUUUGCAAUUCAGAUUAGUACUGAGGAUGAACCAAUACAUGAUAAUUUGUACCUGGGCAUUGUGCUGGCCACAGUCGUAUUAAUUAGUGGGUGCUUUGCAUACUACCAAGAAGCUAAGAGCUCAAAGAUCAUGGACUCCUUCAAGAAUCUUGUUCCACAUCAAGCUUUGGUUAUUCGUGAUGGUGAGAGAAAAAGCAUUAAUGCUGAAGAAGUUGUUGUUGGUGACUUGGUGGAAAUCAAAAGUGGAGAUAGAAUUCCUGCUGAUCUGCGCAUUAUUGCUGCUCAUGGAUGCAAGGUGGACAAUUCCUCUCUUACUGGAGAAUCUGAGCCGCAAACUCGUACGCCUGACUUCUCUAAUGAAAAUCCUUUAGAGACAAGAAAUAUUGUGUUCUUUUCCACAAAUUGUCUGGAAGGUACAGCCAAAGGCAUCGUCAUCAACACUGGUGAUCACACAGUCAUGGGCCGUAUUGCUAUUCUUGCAUCAAGCCUUGAGGGUGGAAAGACACCCAUUGCCAUAGAGAUUGAACACUUUGUCAACAUUAUUUCGGGUGUGGCUGUUGUGAUGGGUGUGUCCUUCUUUGUCUUCUCCCUUACUCUUGGAUAUGGAUGGCUUGAAGCUGUCAUCUUCCUCAUUGGAAUUAUUGUUGCCAAUGUGCCUGAGGGUCUGCUUGCGACAGUAACUGUGUGUCUAACUCUGAGUGCUAAACGUAUGGCGAGGAAAAACUGUCUAGUAAAGAAUCUUGAAGCUGUAGAAACCCUUGGAUCCACUUCCACUAUUUGCUCAGACAAGACAGGAACUCUGACGCAGAACCGUAUGACUGUGUCACACAUGUGGUUUGAUAAUCAGUUUCAUGAAGCCGAUACCACAGAGGAUCAGAGUGGAACCUCUUUCGACAGAAGUUCUCCUACCUGGUCUGCCCUUGCCCAUGUCGCUGGCCUGUGCAACCGUGCCGUCUUUCUUGAUGACCAGAGCAAAGCUCCAGUACUUAAGAGAGAAACUACUGGUGAUGCAUCAGACUCUGCCCUGUUAAAGUGUAUUGAGCUCUGCUGUGGCUCAGUGAAGGACAUGAGAGUGACAUAUCCAAAGAUUGCUGAGAUCCCCUUCAACUCUGGCAACAAAUACCAGCUCUCAGUUCACAAGAACCCCAGCACCUCAGAGACUAAGCAUAUAUUGCUAAUGAAAGGAGCCCCAGAGAGCAUUCUGUUCAGGUGCUCAACCAUUAUGAUGGAUGGAAAAGAGCAAGCCAUGGAUGAAGAGAUGAAGGAUGCUUUCCAGCAUGCCUACGUGAAGCUUGGAAGUCUUGGAGAAAGGGUAUUAGGAUUCUGCCAUUACAACCUCCCUGAUGAUCAGUUUCCUGAAGGCUUUGCAUUUGACACAGAGACGGUGAACUUCCCUACUGAGAACCUGUGCUUUAUCGGCCUCAUGUCUAUGAUCGAUCCUCCUCGUGCUGCCGUGCCUGAUGCUGUUGCUAAGUGCAGGAGUGCUGGAAUCAAGGUUAUCAUGGUUACAGGAGAUCAUCCAAUUACAGCUAAAGCCAUUGCCAAGGGUGUGGGUAUCAUAUCUGAAGGCAAUGAAACCGUAGAAGACAUUGCUGCUCGUCGGAACGUUCCUGUUGGAGAUGUCAACCCAAGAGAGGCCAAGGCUUGUGUUGUCCAUGGGUCAGAGUUGAAGCAAAUGACACCAAGGCAGCUGGAUGACAUCUUGAAACACCACACUGAGAUUGUGUUUGCCAGAACAUCUCCUCAACAAAAACUCAUUAUUGUGGAAGGUUGUCAGAGACAGGGAGCCAUUGUAGCUGUGACUGGUGACGGUGUUAAUGAUUCUCCUGCUCUGAAGAAGGCUGAUAUUGGUGUAGCAAUGGGUAUUGCUGGAUCUGACGUCUCCAAACAGGCUGCUGAUAUGAUUCUCCUGGACGAUAACUUUGCCUCUAUCGUUACUGGUGUAGAAGAAGGUCGUCUCAUCUUUGACAAUUUGAAAAAAUCAAUAGCUUACACCCUAACCAGUAAUGUUCCUGAAAUUUCCCCCUUCAUCCUCUUCAUUCUUGCUGGCAUUCCUCUCGCUCUUGGCACUGUCUGUAUACUUUGUAUUGACUUGGGAACUGAUGUGGUGCCUGCUAUUUCACUGGCCACUGAAAGUGCUGAGAGUGACAUCAUGAAAAGACAGCCCAGAAACCCCCAAAAAGACAAGCUAGUGAAUGAAAGGCUGAUCACUAUGGCAUAUGGACAGAUUGGAAUGAUGCAAGCAGCUGCAAGUUUCUUCACUUAUUUUACAAUCCUUGCUGAGAAUGGAUUUCUGCCCUCAUACAUGUUGGGAUUACGUGUUGACUGGGAUGAUAAACGCUGUAAUGACUUGGAGGACAGCUAUGGCCAACAGUGGACAUUUGAGAGCAGAAAAACUAUAGAGUUCACAUGCCAGACAGGGUUCUUUAUCAGCAUCGUGAUUGUGCAGUGGGCUAAUUUGAUCAUCUGUAAGACCAGAAUGAAUUCCAUUAUACAACAAAAAAUGAAGAACAAAAUCCUUCUCUUUGGAUUAUUGGAGGAGACUGCUUUGGCUUCCUUUUUUUCAUAUUGUCCAGGCAUGGAUGUUGCACUUCGAUUGUAUCCACUUAAACCCUCAUGGUGGUUAUGUGCCAUACCAUACGCUUUCCUCAUCUUCAUAUAUGAUGAAACUAGAAGGUACAUCCUCAGACAGAACCCAGGAGGCUGGAUGGAAAAGAAUACAUAUUAUUAAAUUAAGAAGAUUUGCUUACUUCUACUUCCAUAGAAGCACAUUAUGUAACCUGUAAUAAUUUUAACGCAUGAAUUAAAUUUUCAAUUACAGUAAAACAGUAAUGAUUACAAAUGUUAAAGAGUUCUUAUAUAAGAUAUUAAACAACGAUACUUAAUAUUCACCAGACCAAUAAAAUCAAGUAAUUUA